UCUACAGUGAAAAAUUGAUAAUUUCGACUUUCUAGAAUCCAAAUUCUUCUUCACAUUUUCUCUCUCUCUCUCAACGAGCUUCUUCAUCAAGGUGUUGCUCUGCCGGUGAUCGAAUCUCCACUAAUUUCAGUUUCUCCGGUGAUCGUCUGAGAGAAAUUUAUACCGGCGGCGUUAAAGGACGGUGGAUUUAUUGAUUUUUCCAGGCUUUUCCGUUUUCAUUAUAGUCGAAAAACCUUACCAGAGAAAUUUCAAGCUUUUUUUCUUUCUGGGUUUCAAUCGGAGUAGAAUCUCUGUUUUUCUUAGUCAAUUAGAUUACUGGGUCCGAUUGUUGUUUCUCCGAGAACGCUUGAUGGGUUUUAAAGGUUGGAUUUUUAAACAGCAUUUCUCAAAUCACUGGUAAUAUAAUCAAGGAAUGUGAUUUUGGCUUCCCAAAAAUCGAAACUUUCCACGGCGAAGAAGUUGCUUUGUUGAGAGGAGCUCGUGAGCGUGAAGAAUCCGAUUUGAAGAAAUGGGAGAAGGAGAAGAAAACGAAGCAGAGCCAAAUGAGAGAUCUUUGGCAUUAUCGCCUACUUGGUCUGUUGCUUUAGUGUUGACUGUCUUCGUUGUUGUUUCUUUAAUCGUUGAGCGCUCCAUUUUCCGUCUAAGCACUUGGUUAAGGAAGACAAAGAGGAAACCUUUGUUUGCUGCAUUGGAGAAGAUGAAACAAGAGUUGAUGCUUCUUGGCUUCAUAUCACUUCUUCUUACAGCUACCUCUAGCACAAUAGCCAACAUAUGUGUCCCUUCAAGUUUCUACAACGACAGAUUUGUUCCGUGUACACGAUCUGAGAUUGAUGAGGAGCCUGAGAACGAAUCAUCUGUCAAGCGGAAUCUUUUAACGAAAUCCCUUUUUUUCAACGUCUUUAGGAGAAGGUUGGAAGGCAUUAACCAUGCUACUUGCAGCGAGGGACAUGAGCCCUUUGUUUCAUACGAAGGCCUGGAACAGUUGCAUCGCUUCAUCUUUAUAAUGGCAGUUACACAUGUAACUUACAGCUGCUUGACCAUGCUCCUUGCAAUUGUAAAGAUUCAUAGUUGGAGGAUCUGGGAAGAUGUAGCUCGUAUGGAUCGACACGAUUGCUUAACUGCUGUGGCAAGGGAAAAAGUAUUCAGAAGGCAAGAAACAUUUGUCCAGUAUCAUACAUCUGCUCCUCUGGCCAAGAAUAGGUUGCUUAUAUGGGUGACAUGUUUCUUCAAACAAUUUGGACAUUCUGUUGUGCGUUCUGACUAUCUUACACUCCGCAAGGGAUUCAUUGUGAAUCACCACCUCACAUUGAAGUACGAUUUUCACAGCUACAUGAUUCGUUCUAUGGAGGAAGAGUUCCAAAGGAUCGUUGGUGUAAGUGGACCGCUUUGGGGGUUCGUAGUUGCUUUCAUGCUCUUUAACAUAAAAGGAUCGAAUCUCUAUUUCUGGAUAGCAAUCAUUCCUGUUACUCUUGUUCUUCUGGUUGGUGCCAAGCUGCAACACGUAAUAGCAACAUUGGCAUUGGAGAAUGAUGGUUUAACAGAAUAUCCCUCGGGAGUGAAGCUGAGACCUCGUGAUGAACUUUUCUGGUUCAAUAAACCAGAACUACUCUUGUCCCUUAUCCAUUUCAUUCUAUUCCAGAAUUCGUUUGAAUUGGCUUCCUUCUUCUGGUUUUGGUGGCAGUUUGGUUACAACUCUUGCUUCCUUAAGAAUCAUCUCCUUGUUUACUUCCGACUUAUUUUAGGAUUUGCUGGACAGUUUCUAUGCAGCUAUAGCACACUGCCACUAUAUGCAUUGGUCGCUCAGAUGGGAACGAAUUAUAAAGCGGCUCUAAUACCUCAGAGGAUAAGAGACACGAUUCAAGGUUGGGGAAAAGCGACCAGAAAGAAAAGAAGGCAUGGGUAUUACGGAGAUGAUUCAACUGUUAGAACAGAGACAAGCACGGUUGCAUCUAUCGAAGAAUAUGAUCAUCAGGUGCUUGAUGUUGCUGAAACUUAUCAAGAACAACAAAAACAACAACAGCAACAACAAGGUAUUGAGCUUGAGUUGCAGCCUAUCCAACCUCGUACCGGGUCUGUUUGUGUGCCUAAUGAAUCUUCAAGUAGAGUUGGAACACCUCUUCUUCGACCUUGUGUCUCCAUUUCUUCUGCAACGACUCCAGAGUUAAGAACAGAACCACUCUCGAGAUCAUCUUCUUUGCCAGUGAGAAGAGACUGAUAUAUACAUGUUUGAGUGUAGGAGUAAUUUUAGGAGAAAACAUAAGGUCCUCUUUAGCUCUCGAGAUGUCUCUCAAUGAAACAUGGAUACAUAGAUGUAAUAAUAAUUCAAAAGGUUUCAACAUUCGCAUUGUAACAAAAUGAAAGUAAUUCAAGUCUC